AUGAAGGUCUUGCUGAUUCUCUCCUGCCUGGGAGCAGCUGUUGCUGUCCCAGGCGAUGCCGACGACGACAAGAUUGUGGGAGGCUACAACUGCCCAGAACAUUCGGUGCCCUACCAGGUGUCCCUGAACGCUGGGUAUCACUUCUGUGGAGGUUCCCUCAUCAACAGUCAGUGGGUCGUGUCAGCUGCUCACUGCUACAAGUUCUAUAUACAGGUGAGGCUGGGAGAGUACAACAUUGAUGUGCAGGAAGACAGUGAAGUGGUCAGGAAUUCUGCAGCAAUCAUUCGCCACCCUAAAUACAAUUCAAGAAGCCUUAACAACGACAUUAUGUUGAUCAAGCUGGCAUCCCCAGUGGCCUACAGCGUCGAUGUUCAGCCCAUAGCUCUGCCCCGCGCCUGUGUCAACGCGGGCACCAAGUGCCUGAUUUCGGGAUGGGGAAACACACUGAGCAGUGGCUCCAAGUUCCCUGAGAUUCUCCAGUGCCUGCAAGCUCCAGUCCUGAGUCACCAAGAGUGCCAAGAUGCUUACCCAGGCCAGAUCUCCAGCAACAUGAUGUGUGUAGGCUUCCUGGAGGGUGGGAAAGACUCAUGCCAGGGUGACUCGGGUGGCCCAGUUGUGUGCGACGGGACACUCCAGGGAAUCGUGUCAUGGGGAAUUGGGUGUGCUCUGAAAGGCUACCCUGGUGUCUACACCAAGGUCUGCAAUUACGUUGACUGGAUCCAAGAAACCAUAGCAGCCUACUGA